AAUACAUCAGGGAGGAGUUUAUUCCAGGUUGUAACCUGCACUAGUACGAAUUGAUUCUCCUAGCAUACAUGUCUCAUUUUUGUAAGGUACAUUGCGGAUUUCGAAUCAACU